AUGUCUUUUAAACAUUUAACUCUCAUCAUUAAUGUUUUUAUCAUUCUGGUUAUCUUAUUAACAACAAUUGAUUCUAACCUUUUAAUCAUACGUGAAGUUAUUGAUUUUACCCGUUGUCAAGGAAAAGGUUGUUGUGCUUCGUUAUCAGACAAUGUUGCUAAGAAACACCAUGUACGUGUUGCAACCAUUGUUAUCAUUAAUAAGAGUGGUUAUAAUAUGACUCACAUCAUUAAACUUGAAGAUGGAUGUUAUGUUAGACAUGAUGAUCAUGAAAAUCUCGAUAUAAACUGCGAACCACAAACUGAACCUCUCGCAAAUGGUCAAAAUGAAACAUUUUCUUGCAUUACAAGUCAUAGAUUUGGCGGAUUGAAAGGUAUUGCCACUUACAUCAUAGAUGACAGUGGUUCAAGCACUUUCAUCUUAUCCUGGAGUAUUCCUACAAUCGGCGAUCCUAAUUACGACAUCGAAGGAUUGCCUAAUAAGAAAUAUUACAAUGAAAAUAAAUAUGAUCUUGAUAAUACAUUAUAUUAA